GGUUGGAUUUAGAGUAGAGAAUCACCGAGAGCUGUGUUGCGUUGGAUCCUGGAAAAAUUCCUCAUACAACCACUGAAAGCUUCUGCAACUUCUGUUUUGUUCUGUUCUGUUCGAUCACCAUGGCCGGAAAACAUCUCUCCUCGUUCGCCAGAGGAGGAAGAUCUCCUUCUCUCUCAUUCCCACUUUCCGUCAGAUCUGCUCUCUUCCUCUUCACACUCUUUCUUCUCGGCCUGGGCUUAGUCUUCUGCUUUUUCUCUUCCUCCUCCUCCUCAUCCUCUCACUCUGCAAUCAAUUACAGAAACCCUUGGUCCUCUCGCUCUAACCUUCCCCUCUUUCGAAACCCUAGUUCUUACAAACCAGAAUUCUCAUUCGUUGCCUCUCUGGAGAAAUUCCUUACUUCCAGAGCUCAGAUUUCAAAAUCUGAGUUAGGUUUGAAUGGUUCGGUUCUCAGUGAUGGAGAGGCUGUGAGAAAACUGGACAAUUUGGUCUGGAAGAGUGAGAUGAAGACAAUCUAUGAGGAUCCACUUUAUCCGGCUCUGUUGCCAUCGUCAAAUUCGGUACUUAGAGUCUAUGUUUACGAAAUGCCGCCGAAAUUUACGUAUGAUCUGCUGUGGUUAUUUAGGAAUACGUACCAGGAGACGUCGAAUCUAACAUCUAAUGGCAGCCCUGUACAUCGUCUGAUUGAACAGCAUUCAAUCGAUUAUUGGUUAUGGGCUGAUUUGAUUGCGCCAGAAUCAGAGAGGCUCUUGAAAAAUGUUAUUAGGGUUCACCAGCAAGAGGAGGCGGACUUGUUCUACAUUCCAUUCUUCACUACCAUCAGCUUCUUCUUAUUGGAGAAACAGCAAUGCAAGGCACUUUACAGGGAGGCUUUGCAGUGGGUGACAGACCAGCCUGCAUGGAAACGAUCUGAAGGAAGGGAUCAUAUACUUCCAGUUCAUCAUCCUUGGUCAUUCAAGUCAGUACGUAGGUUUAUGAAGAAGGCAAUUUGGCUUCUGCCAGAUAUGGAUUCCACGGGAAACUGGUACAAGCCUGGUCAGGUUUGGCUGGAAAAAGACGUUAUUCUACCAUAUGUCCCAAAUGUUGAAGUAUGUGAUCCAAAAUGCUUUGCAGAAGGCGAAGCAAAGAGAAGCACUCUGCUCUUUUUCCGUGGGAGGCUUAAAAGAAAUGCUGGGGGAAAGAUUCGUGCAAAACUUGGAGCAGAACUUAAUGGUGUAGAGGGUGUUUUUAUAGCUGAAGGAACUGCUGGAGAGGCUGGGAAAAACGCAGCUCAGGAUGGAAUGCGCAAAUCUAUUUUUUGUCUAAGUCCUGCUGGCGAUACUCCAUCAUCUGCUAGAUUGUUCGAUGCUAUUGUCAGUGGUUGUAUCCCUGUUGUAGUCAGUGAUGAGCUGGAACUUCCUUUUGAAGGAAUUCUAGAUUACAGGAAGAUAGUUCUAUUUGUUUCUUCAAGUGACGCUGUUCAACCAGGCUGGCUUAUUACAUUUCUCAAGAGUAUAGGUCCUGAUCAGAUCAGAGAAAUGCGUGCAAACCUUGCCAAGUACUCAAGGCAUUUCCUUUAUUCCAGUCCAGCUCAACCUUUUGGUCCAGAGGAUUUGACUUGGAGAAUGAUUGCGAGCAAGCUGUUGAACAUAAAGCUGCACAUUCGUCGAUCACAGCGUGUUGUGAAAGAAUCUAGAAGCCUGUGCACAUGUGAUUGUAGAACUGCAAACCACACAAGCUCAGCAUCCUGAUUGGUAAGGCAGCCUUUUAUUUGUAAGAAUUUAUAAUGAUCAGUACCACUAAAUUUUACUGAUUGUGAGGGCAAUAUCCUUUUCCUUUUUUUUUUGUCUGUAAUUACUAGA